UUACGUCAUCAGCAGAACGCGCAAUAACGCGCGCACAGGAUAGCGGAUGUUAUUAAUGCUUUGAUCUUACAGGUGUACUUUGAUGGAAAUGAGCUCAGAGCAGACCUUGGAUCAGUCCAGCACGAUGUCUCAGGAGGAUCAGCCCCUGGAUGAGUCCUGUAUGCUGUCUUUCUUCUGGAGGAACGGAAGUGAGACACCAGAGCCGCUUAAAGCAGAUGUGUCAGGUUCCAUCCCUUCAUGGCUUCAGGGGACACUUCUGCGCAAUGGUCCUGGUCUGUUCUCGGUUGGUGAUACUGCAUACAAACACUGGUUUGAUGGAAUGGCUCUCAUUCACAGUUUCACCUUUAAAGAUGGUGAGUCAAGGGGACAGUCAUGUUUUAAGUGACAUUCAUGGAAAGCAGAGUGAUGUAUUUUACAAGAGCAAAUUCUUGAAGAGCGAGACGUUCAAAAAGAACACGACAGCCAAUAGGAUCAUUGUUACUGAAUUUGGUACCCUGGCCUACCCAGAUCCUUGCAAGAGCAUAUUUGCCAAAACCUUUAGUUACCUGCUGAACGUCAUCCCGGACUUUACAGAUAAUAAUCUCAUCAACAUCAUCAAAUAUGGUGAAGAUUACUAUGCUUCAUCAGAGGUGAACUACAUUAAUCAGAUUGACCCAUUGACUCUUGACACUUUAGGACGAAGUAACUACAGAAACCACAUUGCCCUGAGCCUGGCAACCGCGCACCCUCAUUACGAUGAUGAUGGGAACACGUACAACAUGGGUAUGGCCAUCAUGAACUUCAGCAAGCCACAAUAUGUUAUUUUCAAGGUGCCUGCUAAUGCCUCAGAAAAAGAUAAGCCAGCCCUCAGUAAGUUGGAGCAAAUUUGCUCCAUUCCCUUUCGCUCCACCCUGUACCCGAGCUACUUCCACAGCUUCGGCAUGACGGAAAACUACAUCGUCUUUGUGGAGCAGGCCUUCAAGCUGGAUGUACUGAACCUGGCCACGGCGUACUUCCGAGGCGUCAACUGGGGCAGUUGCCUGACAUUCGACAAAGAUGACAUGACGAUAAUCCAUCUGGUAAAUAGGAAAACUGGGAAAACGUUGAGCACAAAGUAUUAUGCAGAUGCCUUUGUGGUCUUUCAUCACAUCAAUGCCUAUGAAGAAGAUGGCCAUGUUGUAUUUGAUCUGAUCACAUACCAGGACAGCAAUUUGUACGAUAUGUUUUAUAUAAGAAACAUGAGGCAGGAUAUUGACGAGUUCAUAAAGACCAACAAGGACUUUUCUUCACCAACCUGUCAGCGGUUUGUCCUUCCUAUCAAUAUAGACAAGGAAACGCCACCAGACACCAACCUGGUAAAGUUGCAGGACACAACAGCCACUGCAGUGCUGAGGCAGGACGGCUCGCUGUUCUGCACCCCUGACAUGCUUUUUAAGGGUUUAGAACUACCAGGCAUCAACUACAAAUACAACAGUAAGAAGUACAGGUACUUCUAUGGAUCCAGGGUUGAGUGGUCACCAUAUCCAAACAAGCUUGCAAAAGUUGACAUAUUGACCAGAAAACAUAUCGAGUGGGUGGAUGAAGAAGGUUACCCAUCAGAACCUGUUUUUGUUGCCUCUCCAGAUGCCAUUGAAGAAGAUGAUGGUGUUAUUCUUUCUUCUGUGGUUUCAUUAAACCCCCAAAAGCCACCUUUCCUGCUGGUCCUGGAUGCCAAGUCCUUUAAGGAAAUUGCUCGGGCUUCAAUCAAUGCCACGGUUCAUAUGGACCUGCAUGGAUUAUUCAUACCUGAGACGUCUACCUAAAAUGGACCUUAAAAAUGACACCACAACCAUCUGAAAUAUGAGUUUCAUCAUCAUUGAUGGAUAAAAGCAUUGGAAGUUAAACUUAAAAAAGUGACUUAAAUGUUUUUUAAACAUGAUGAUUUUUAUUGUAAUUUUUUGUACAGAUUUAUAUCCAUCCUUUAAAAGGAGAAAUUAAUUUUAAUUAUUUAUUAUUUGAUAAUUAUUUAAUUAUUUGAUUCAAUUGUUAUUAUAAAUCAUAUUAUGUUUUUACAGACAGCCUGUCAAACAGAGCUUUGUUGCAAAUAACCUUGACCACUUGAUGGCGUCUGCAACGCCAGUGUCAUGAGUUUGAUCCCAAGAAACAAACAUACUGAAAAAAUUUAUACUUUGAAUGCACUAUUAAUCACUUUAGUAAUGGCUGCUGGUGAUUAAGUAAAAAAUCUAUGGCUUAAAACUAACUGUAAAUGUUUACAGAUAUUUAUAGAUUAAAAAAGAGAAGGAUUGUUGUAUUUUUGUUAUUGUUUUACAGUAUAAUUAUCACUAAAAAUCUUUUAUGUAUGUGCAAAUUCUCUCAAUAUAAUGAAUGUUUACAUUAUAAUUUAUUUUCUGUGAUAUUUUAAAUUCAGAGCAAUGAAACCUAAACGCUAUUUUAAUGUGACAAUAUAUGUUUUAUAUAAGAAAAUACUUUUUGUAAAUAAAAAAUGAAUAAUAGGCCUACCUUCUUGUCUGUCUGUGCAUUUUAAAAGAGCAAAAACAGAUAAUAUUGUUUCUUUGGACUCUGCAAGUUUCUUACUCUGUAUACGAAUAUUUUAUGAGGUAAAAAUUAGGCAAUAAGGUAAAAAAUCUUCCAGAAACGAAUAUUUAAUAUAACAUUUCUAUUAUAUUUUUAGUCACUUGUAUUUAAUAUAAAUAA